AUGCUUUUCCUAAAAGACAACAUGACCCAAAGAAAUGCUACAGGAAAUAUUCCUCCUCUCAAUAACCAAGAAAAUUUAUAUGAUGAAAACAGUACGCCAGAUACAAUCUCUGAAUCUGAUUAUGAUAGAAAUCAUAAUUCUAAAUUAAAUUCAGAUCCAGAAUUAAAUACUGAAAUUAUUUUCACUGCGACACCCAAGGCUGCUAAAAUAGCUAAUACAGAUAAGGAAACGGGUACAAAGGGAAAAAAAGCUAAAUCUUCGGUAUAUGAAAAAAUGGUAGCUAUAGAAGAAGAAAAACUUAGAACAUUAAAAGAAAAGUGCAAAGAAAGGCCAAAGGAAGAAAGGCCAACGUGCUCAGUAUGUCUGGCCAAGAACUACUGCAGUGGAUCAAGAAAUCGAUCAAAGCAGGUAUCAAGUGGAAAUACCAUCAGAUUCAUCAGAAAACGAAUAGGAUGUCCAGGUUGGAGAUAUCUUCUGCUUUCAAUGAUAUCCAUGGCGACAGCGAUGCUUUGCAAAGAACAAGGGAUUACGGUGGCAGGAGUUUGUGCAGCAUAUGAAAUUUUCGUUGCCCAAAAGAUCCGUCUCCCCGAGCUCAAAUAUAUGCUGAAGACCGCAAUCAUCUCGAAAUCGUCUUACCCAUGGUCUGGAAAAGCCACAAAGAGACUUGCAGUUCUUGCCUCGACCACGCUUUGUCUGCUGCUCGCCAGACUUCAAAUUAUGGGGUCCCAACUGCCGGUUUUUACCAGAUUUGACAACCCUGCCUCGGUGGCAGUCACGCCCACUAGACAGCUGACUUAUCACUAUUUAAUUAGUGUAAAUUUGUGGUUGUUGCUGUUUCCUUGUGAUUUGUGUUGCGAUUGGACUAUGGGCACUAUCCCUUUAGUUGAGACAUUUUUUGAUAUGCGAAAUCUAGGCACCCUUACUGCUUACGGAUUCGUGGCAGCCCUGUUGAUGAAGGCAUUUACCACCGAAAAUAAGCUUCAGAGUACCAUCUUGCUUAUGAGCACAUCACUUAUGGUGUUCCCUUUUAUACCAGCAUCAAACUUUUUCUUCCCGGUUGGUUUCGUUAUAGCAGAAAGAGUCCUUUACAUGCCUUCGAUGGGUUUCUGUAUGCUAGUGGGAUAUGGUUUCCACGUUUUAUCUCAGAAAAGACACAAGAAACUCUUUUAUUUCCUUAUGUGUCUGCUGCUUGCAUCUCACGCAGGAAAGACUUAUUUGAGGAAUUGGGAUUGGGAAAAUGAGUAUUCAAUAUUUAUGAGUGGACUUAGGGUAAAUCAGAGGAAUGCCAAGUUAUUUAAUAACGUGGGCCAUGCACUGGAAAGUCAAGGAAAUUUUGAAGAUGCCUUGAAAUUUUUCAAGACUGCUGUUAGUGUACAAGAAGACGACGUGGGUGCUCACAUAAACGUAGGACGAACUUACAAUCAUCUGAAAAUGUUCAAGGAAGCCGAGGAAGCAUACUUGAAAGCCAAAUCUCUUCUACCUAAAGCUAAACCGGGUGAGAGUUACCAAGCCCGGAUAGCACCCAAUCAUUUAAACGUUUUCUUAAAUCUCGCUAAUUUAAUAUCGAAAAACUCGACACGACUGGAAGAGGCCGACAUGCUGUAUAGGCAGGCGAUAAGUAUGAGAGCGGAUUAUACGCAAGCUUAUAUUAAUCGAGGAGAUAUAUUGAUAAGGUUGAAUAGGACCAAAGAGGCACAGGAAGUAUACGAGAGGGCCCUUCUCUACGAUAGCAACAAUCCUGAUAUCUACUACAAUGUUGAUUCAAAUAAACAGUUACGUCACAGUACCACGGAUGGUACCUUCAAAAUUGCUUCUGUUCCCACUCACGGGCACGGUACAUUCAAGAUCACUGUCCCUCCAGUCGCUCAGCCAGCGAUCAAGACUGUGACUUGA